AUGUAACAAUCCCACGAUUGCCCAAUAUGUUUAAAUAUUGCUGUAGAUCCUAUUCAACUUUCUCAAUGCAAACAUAUAUUUUGCUCAGCAUGUCUUUUAGAUUUACUAGAUUAUAAUAAUCAAUCCUAUAAGUGUCCAUUAUGCAGAUAACUUUAUUCUAAAAAUGAACCAUUGAUUAUUAAUUAAGAUUUAGCUAAAAAGAUUAAAGAGAGCAAUCCUGAACAAUAUGCAUAAAGAUAAUAACAGAUUAUUCAAUAAUAAAUGAUGUUACCAAAUUAAAUUAAAGUGAAUGUUGUAUAUGGCAAUUUAUAUAAACGAAUUGAUAAUUAAGAAAAAAAAAAUGUUAAUUAAUGGACUUUAAUUGUGAAAAUGGAAUAUAAUAAGGAUUCAGAUAAAGCUGCACUUAAGAAUUUUGACAUUAAUCAUAUGAUUGAAUCAGUAUAAAUUAAAAUUAAAUAUAGGUUACUUAUCAAUUACAUGAAACAUUUCAUCCUAAUAUAGUUACAGUUAAAUAAGCUCCAUUUUAAUUACAAAGAUUAGGUUGGGGAGUAUUUAAUAUUCCUAUCCUUAUCAAAUUUAAGAAAGAGUACAAUAUUCCUAAUUUGGAAGUAGAUCAUUACCUUUCUUUUUAGGGAAAUGGAUCAAUGCAAAAAUAAAUAACUAAAUUAGAUAUAAGUAAUCUAAAAGAAUAUUAAUAAUUAUAAUAAUAAUUGUAGAACCAAUAAUAAUAACAAUAAUAAUAGUAAAAAUAAUAAUGA